AUGUGGUAUCUGGAAUAUUGCUCCCUCGUAGAAGCAGUUUUCAAUUUGUACCUUGACUUACGAAGCUUCCUCUGUGAGGAAGCCGAAAUUGAAAAUAACAACUUGCCCAGACGAAUCGACGCGCGAGAGAAGCCAGUGACGAAGGCGCAGCACUCGUCGGACUCCGGCGUUUUCGGUCCACGCGCCUUUUUCCGAACGUCCUUCCCGAGCCCGGCGGUUCUGGUGAUCGACGACAUAAAGCGGCACGACGCGGCGACGUACAGAUGUAGAGUGGAUUUCCGGAAGGGCCAGACGCGCAGCUUCCGGUAUAACUUGACCGUCAUUGUUCCACCGGAGCAGCCGACCAUUUUGGAUCGAUGGGGCCGCAUCUUGAACGGCACAGCUGGUCCUUAUGAGGAAGGCGAUACACCCUAUCUCACGUGUCGCGUCACGGGCGGCAAGCCGCAACCGAUGGUCAGAUGGCUCAUAAACGGCCGAGUGAAGGACGAGGAGUACGAAAAUAACGCUGGGGAUGUAAUCGAGAACAGAUUAACGCUGCAGCCCAUCAGCCGCUCUGACCUCGGCUCGAAUUUUACCUGCGAGGCGCGCAACACGGACCUGGUGGACUCGAAGGAGACAUCGAUUUCUCUAGACCUCAACUUGAAACCUCUAUCUGUGAUCAUAAGAAGACCGGGUAGGAAGGGAAUCGGCAACGAGUCCCUCCUAGCGGGGAAGCGGUAUGACAUGGAGUGCGAGACCACUGGUUCAAGGCCACCCGCGGUGAUAACCUGGUACAAGGGUCGGAGAAGACAGCUGAAGCACACGACGGAGGAGAGAUCCGAGAAUCGAACCGUCAGCACGGUGGAGUUCGAGCCGGGUGUGGAGGAUCAUGGGAAAUCUAUCACCUGCCGAGCAGAGAAUCCAAACGUGACCGGACUCUUCGUCGAGAAGUCCUGGAAGAUCGACGUCGUAUAUCCGCCGAUAGUAUCGUUAAACCUCGGAUCGACCUUAAGCCCAGAGGACAUUAAAGAAGGGGAUGACGUGUACUUUGAGUGCCACAUUAGAGCCAAUCCUCCCUGGUCCAAGCUCGUCUGGAUACACGACAAUCAAAUCCUGGCGCAUAACACGUCGGCGAGGAUCAUCUGGUCGAAUCAGAGCCUCGUCUUGCAAAGUGUAACGAGAAGCAGCGCUGGCCUCUACGUCUGCGCAGCAACGAACGCCCUGAACGAGACGCGCAGCGAACCGCUGCACUUUCGAGUUAAAUUCGCGCCGGUGUGCAAGGAGGACCGGAUCAUAGUGGUCGGUGCAUCGCGGGGCGAGUCGCUCGACAUCGCCUGUAGGGUCGAGGCCGAUCCGCCGGCGCACAAUUUCCGGUGGAAAUUCAACAACAGCGGCGAGACCCUGGAGGUAGCACCUGCUAGGUUCUCCAUGGAGAAGUCGAGCGGCGUCAGCGUGCUGAGAUACACGCCGUCCACCGAGCUGGAUUACGGUACCCUCUCGUGCUGGGCGGACAAUCUCGUCGGUACCCAGUCGAGGCCGUGUCUUUUUCAGCUGGUGGCAGCCGGGAAACCGUUUCCGGUGCGCAACUGCACGUUGGCAAACCAGACGUACACCAGCGUGGAGGUGAGAUGCGUGCCGGGGUACGACGGUGGGCUGCCGCAGAAAUUCGUCCUGGAGGUUUAUCACGGUGACGUCGAUUAUCUGGCGAGCAGCCAGCCCCUCUACAACGUCUCCAACCCGGACGAGCCGUCCUUCGCCCUCGCCGGGCUGGAGGCCUCGGUCGAGGCCGGAGUCCACGUGGCGGUUUACGCGGUGAACGCCAAGGGUCGAAGUCAGCCGGUCAUUCUCAGCGAGGUCACGUAUCGCGAUGCUGAAAAACGCACCGGUCAGGACGCCGGCAUCGUGUUGUCGCCGCUGAUAGGCGUGGUGGUCGGCGCCCUGGUGACUCUGGUGCUGAUCAUCCUGGUGGUGGUGGUCAGAGUACGUAGGGAGCGCGUAGCAAAACCACGGCACGAGAAACCGGCGGAACUCAGCGAGUUACCGCCCCAACAAUACCCCUUGCAGAAUUCUCAGCAGACCGUGGAGACUGAUCCCGACGUGAUCCCGAACAAGUUCGGUAAGACUCCUCGAAGCCGAUACUCGCUAAACAGCCCCCGUGCGAAUCCGAUUACGAUCGUUUGUCGGUGCAUGAACGGGGAGGGUGGCACGUGCCUCCUUCAAACUUGGAAUUAGCCGAGGACUUUGCGGACCGUGAAUAUGUUUUAUCGGUGCGUCUUACGUUGCGGUUGUCUUGACAUAAAGGAGACAAUGCGAUUAUACCGAAUUCAUAUCACGCGCACCCAUCUGGAACGCGCAAUUGAAUGAAAGUCAGAAAAAUUUUAAUGACGUCUAAGGGACAAAUUUUAUUUUCUCUCUGCUAGUAGCGAUUUCGUUUAUUCCUGCAAGUCGUUCAUAGGCGCGUUUUAGCAUUUCUUUAUAAAAAUUAUGGAUUUCUAAUUUAACGUAGGUACAUUAAGAUUGCAAUUUCCGUACGCUGCUUUCCAUUUAUUUCACAUUCAACUGUUCUGU